AUGAUGCAGAAGAUGAUGAAGCACUUUGAUGCGACUGAUCAGAAUGUGAAAGAAAUGCAAAACGACUUGUCUAGAAUCGAUCAAAAAGUUGAUGCCCAUACAGUGUCCAUCAAGAAACUUCAGCAGCAGUUUAAUCAGUUGUCCACUACAGUGAUCCCACUCACUACUCGAGGAGGUAAACAAACCAUUGAUCCCCCUAUGCCGUCUGAAGUUCAAAUUGUGGCAGAACGAGAUGAUGAUGAAAUUAAGGUAACUGGAGAGUUUAAAAAAGCUACAAAGAAUGAAGUAGAGGUGACCCAAAAAGUUGUUCCCAUGCCUAGACCUCUAACUCCAUUCCCACAUAAAUUGGUAAAGAAGACCAAAGAUGGAAAAUGUCGUAGGUUCAUUACUAUUUUUAAACAGUUUACCAUUAAUGUUUCGUUGAUAGAAGAUUUGGAGAAAAUUCCAGGGUACGCGAAGUUUAUGAUGGAUUUGGUGACCAAAAAGAGGGCCGUCAGUUUUGAGAAUGAUAAAAGAUUGCAACAUUGCAGUGCUAUUGCUACUAGGUCAAUUGUGCAGAAGAAAGAGGUUCAUGGUGCCUUCACUAUUCCUUGUACCACUGGGUUGUUGCAUUUUGUGAAGGCGUUGUGUGAUUUGGGUGCUAGGUUUAAUCUGAUGCCAUUGUCUAUCUACAAGAAGUAG